AUGAUGGAGGGAGAAAAGAUGACAUCUUCCACCGACUUCAUCAUCCUGGGACUUUUCGGCCCAGGCAAGACAUCGGUCCUCCUCUUCUCCCACAUCUGCACCAUUUUCCUCAUGGCCGUGGCAUCCAUCUCCAUCCUGAUCUCCCUCGUCUGGAUCAACCGCCGGCUCCGGACCCCCAUGUACUUUCUGCUGGGCCACUUCUCCCUCAUCGACAUCCUGUACAUCUCCACCACCGUGCCCAGGAUGCUGACAGGCUUCCUGCUCGGCCAGGCCACUACCUCCCUCCCAGGCUGCGCAGCUCAACACUUCGCCUACUUGCCCCUGGCGGUGGCUGAAUUUUACCUCCUAGGGCUCAUGGCCUAUGACCGCUGCGCAGCUGUGUGCCACCUCCUGGGGUACCCAGCCCUCGUGACCCAAAGGACUGGCCUUGUCAUCGUGGCUGUAUCCUGGCUGGCCGGCGGUGUGGACAGCUGCCUGCUGACUCCCAUCACCAUGACCCACUCUUUCUGCGGCUUCCAGCGGAUUGACCAUUUCUUCUGUGAGGCCCCGUCUGUGCUGGGGCUGGUGUGCACUGACACGACCCUCUAUGAGACGGCCAUGUACUUCUGCUGCGUGACGAUGCUUCUGUUUCCCUCAGUGGUCCUCGCCUCCUACUCCCGGAUCCUCUUAGCCGUGUGCCGUGUCAGCUCGGCAGGAGUAAGGAGGAAGGUUUUGGCCAUGUGUUCCUCUCAAGUGACGGUGGUCAUGCUGUACUACGGGGCUGCCAUACACACAUUCAUGCUGCCAAAUUCCUACCACAAGCCGGCCCUGGACAAGUUGUUCUCCGCCUUCUAUACCAUCCUCACCCCCAUGCUCAACCCUUUGAUCUACAGCCUCCACAAUAACGAUGUGGUCAGGGCCAUUAGGAGAGUGCUGGGAAGGUGCAUCACCUCCAGGAAGCCUUCAGUUAAUGCGUUCUGA